AUGGGAACGUCAGGCGAGAAGGAGUCCAUGGACCGGGCAUUCAAUCAGGCCGCUGGCAACUUGAUGUGGCUGAUGCUUACCUGGACCAAUUAUCAAGAAUGGUCCUCGCAUAUCCAGUGCAAUCUGGAGGGCAUGUUUCUUUGGGAUGCGAUCGAUCCCGGUGACAAACCGGAGAGGCGUCGAGAUCGAUUGGCCCUCGGGGCCAUGCUGCGCGGCGUGCCUCAGGAGAUGCACUCGAUGCUCCUGAACAAGAAGACUGUGAAGGAGGCAUGGGAGGCGAUCAAGACGAUGCGUCUUGGUGCAGAUCGCGUUAAAGAAGUUAAUGCUCAGAAGCUCCUGGCUGAGUUUGAGGCUAUCUCAUUCAAGCCCGGGGAGACGAUUGACGAUUUCGCCAUAAGGAUCACCAAGUUGGCAACCGAUCUGAAGGGUCUUGGAGACACCAGCGUUGAUGAUUCACGAGUUGUGAAGAAGUUCCUUCGUGUUAUACCGUCGCGAUACAAUCAAGUGGCGAUGGCAAUCGAGAUGUUCAGCGACCUCAAGACGCUCACCAUCGAGGAACUCAUCAGCCGACUACGGGCGGCUGAAGACAGAUUUGAGUCCUCGAUGGAGCAAGUCGUGGACAAGAUGCCCAAACUCAUGUUAACCGAGGAGGAGUGGGCAGCGAGGAGCAAGAGUCAUGCUGGGACAGAUUCCUUAUCUGGAUCGAGCAACAGGGGCAAAGGUCGUUUUGUCAAGAAGGAGAAGCCUAGGGGACGUGCCGGCGGCGAUGGGCGUGACUCCGGGAAUAGACUCACAUCGAUGGGAACACCACGGCGGAAGGGGCGUUGCCGCAAGUGCAACAUCUAUGGGCAUUUCGAAAAGGAGUGCAAGACGAAGAUGGAUGGGGAGGAGCGUCAGGAGGCUGCACAUCAUGCCGCUGGUGAGCAGGAAGGCGCACUCCUGGUGGCGCAGGUCUGCAACGUCGUGCGGAUGACCACGCCAAGGACGCAGCAUGUGUUCCUCAACCAGGAACGCGUGUUCCCAGCGGAACAUGAAGAAGACGCAUGGGUACUCGACACGGGCGCCACGAAUCACAUGACGGGGUGUCGUGAUGCGCUGGCAACUCUAGACAACUCGGUCUGA